GGCUUGAUGCAACGCCGUGAUUUGAGGAAGCCAGAUUCGUCAUUUUGGACCUGUGAAGAGGACUUGCUACGGGCGGAGGAAGCGCUGCAGUGGCUGCCAGGAUUAAAAGGACACUUACGGCUUGAUCCCCUCCCAUCAUGCACAUCCUUAAUCAUAUUGUGAUCUUCACUGUCCGAGGGAUGUCCUACCUCUUCCUGCUCCUUGUACGCCUUUUCUCGGUCUUCUCUAGAGACCCUCCUUGUCCAGGACCCCCACUUGAUUCCCUACUCCUCAUACCGGCUACUGUAUUGGCAGAGAAGAUCCGGCGAGGGGAGCUUCGGAGUACAGUUGUGGUUCAAGCCUACAUUUCCAGAAUACGACAGGUUAAUUCAGCGCUCAAUGCUGUAGUGUGUGAUAGAUUUGAAGAUGCUCUGCGUGAGGCAAAGAGCGUGGAUGACUUGGUGUCUUCAGGGUCAGAGAAUGAGGCUACCAUUAGGGAAAAAUUCCCCUUUCUUGGGGUCCCUUUUACCGUUAAAGAAGCAUUUGCUCUUCAAGGAAUGCCGAACAGCUCCGGACUCAUCUGUCGCAGUCAACUACGGUCUUCCACAGAUGCAGUGGUUGUCGCACGGUUAAAGAGUGCCGGUGGGAUCCCUCUGGGGGUAACUAACUGCAGCGAGUUGUGUAUGUGGUAUGAGUCAAGCAACAAUGUUUAUGGCAAGACCAGAAACCCAUACAACCCCCAGCAUAUUGUGGGAGGCAGCUCUGGUGGUGAGGGAUGUAUACUGGGAGCAGGAGGCUCAGUCUUUGGCGUGGGCUCUGAUAUUGGUGGCAGUAUCCGGAUGCCGGCAUUCUUUAAUGGCAUAUAUGGACACAAGCCAACUUCAGGAAUUGUUCCUAAUGAAGGUCAGUUCCCAGAUGCUCAAGGAUGUCGCACUGAGUUCCUCUGCACAGGACCAAUGUGUAGAUAUGCAAGUGAUUUGCCUGCGGUCCUGAAAGUUAUGGCUGGAGACGGCAUUAAAAAACUUUCUCUUGAUCAAGAGGUGUCUCUGCGCAAACUAAGGUUCUUCUCUAUGGAGAAUGAUGGUGGGAGUAUAUUUGUGUCACAUGUCGAUAAAGAACUUGUUCAGGCACAAAGACAGCUUGUUGAACACCUGGAACGUGAGCUUGGAGUCACUGUACAGCCAGUCAGCAUAUACAACCUACGCUACUCAUUCCAGAUUUGGUCUGCAAUGAUGUCAUUAGAUGGGAACAAAGGAGAGAGCUUUGCAGAUUUGAUGUCAAAUAACAGUAGUUUGUGGCCAAGCUGGGAACUUAUCAAAUGGAUGUUUGGUCUAUCAAAUCACACUCUGCCAGCAAUAGGAUUGGCUCUCACUGAGAAAUUGGCCAAUCUAAAUGUUGAGGGGAAUGCCAGGAUGGUGAAGAAGGCCAGAAAUCUGCGGCAGGAGAUCAGCUCCCUCCUGGGUGAUGAUGGGAUCCUGAUCUAUCCUUCACAUCCCAAAAUUGCUCCUCGACAUAAUGAACCUAUUGCAUUUCCGUUCAACUUUGCCUAUACUGGUAUAUUUAAUAUGUUGGGUGUGCCGGUCACUCAGUGUCCCCUGGGUCUCAGUCAGUCUGGGCUACCACUGGGAAUACAACUUGUUGCAUCUCAUUAUAAUGACCACCUGACAUUGGCACUUGCACAGUACCUAGAGAAGACCAUAGGAGGCUGGAGACCACCAACAGGUGCCUAAUAUCACAGCUGUGACAAGAUCAACACAAGAGUAGGACAGAAGAGACCAUUACCUCUUGGAAGCAUCAUAUUCUGUCACUAUAAAUUGGGGGCCAAAAAAAUAAGUGAAUGAGGAAUGUGACACAUUUUACUAAGUAUAAUUUUGCUAAAGUAAAAUUGCACCUUUAUCAUCUUCUGCACUGCUGUCUUGUAAAAUGUGUUUUCUUUUUUAAUAAAUGAAAAAGUGCUGUUU